AGCGGUCCUGAUUGCCCAAGAUCUCUAGGGUUGCUAUUCCGUUUUGAGAGAUCGCAAAGUGAACUCAAACGAGAUGUUUCCGUCGCACCGCAGUUGUUACUCUUCGCCGUAUUUGUGUCAGCCAUCAUUUCACCCAGCUUUACCGAGCUAUCCUUCAGCAUUUUAUCCUCAAUGGAGUCGAGCCGGCUUCGCUGUUAACUGCCAUGGCGGAGGAAUAUUCUUCCGUGAACAAGAACCACUCCCAAAACCUCCUUACUCCUACGUGGCUCUCAUCUCCAUGGCCAUCAAACAAGCGCCAAACGAAAAAAUUACACUGAGUGGAAUUUAUCAGUUUAUCACGGAGAACUUUCCGUAUUAUCGCCUUAACAAGCGAGGCUGGCAGAACAGCAUUCGACACAACUUGUCGUUGAACAAAUGCUUCGUGAAAAUACCUCGUGAGCGCUCCGAUCCUGGAAAGGGAUGCUACUGGAGUCUGGAUCCGUCUUAUGAGGAAAUGUUCGAGGAAGGAAAUUUCCGAAGAAGGCGAAGAAGACAGAGAAACUACCGCGGAAAAGAGGAUGAAGAUGACGAAGGAGAUGAAGAGAAUGGAAUUUCCACUGAGUUGGAGACGUGCUCAAAGGAAAUCGACGGUUUGCAAGAACACGCCGCUAAAAACCUCUUAAACCAAGAUGGGCGACGAGAAAAGACGACAGCUCAAGACUUUGCUCAUUCACGUUCGACAACAAGUACCUGUAUGGAGGAUUCUUCGACGAACGACCAAAAGGAAGCACAAAGGAGUAAACCCGUAAACCAAGUGAAGCAGGAGCCUUGCGCAACAGAGUCAGAUCACCCUUUCAGUAUUGCAAACAUUUUAGGGAAUAAGCAAGUGAAGGAGAGGAGCGAACAGAUAAUGAGCGAAGCUUCUUCGAUAAACGAGGACACAGUUGGAGCGCAGACGGUUUCAGAUUUGGUUAAGAUUUCAUCGUCGUCACGCGUAGACAAGAAUUUUCCUGCUCCGAGAUUCAGCAUUUCUACAGACUGUAGCAGUCCUGCGAAGAGAUUCUAUAACGCUUGCACAGCUUUGAACUGUAACAGCACGGGGAUAAAACCUCAUUCUCUCCACGUUUACAGUUCGAUCUGGACUGUUCCUGGUUCGCCUCGUUCGAGCGGAUUGUGUAGUCAAUGUAACUGCCUGAACUGCCGUGCUCUUGGCUACUAACACGGUGAACUGCGAAGAUGUUUAAGUAUGUGUGAACCGACAUGAACAAGAGCUUGACAGUUUUACAUUUCUUCCCGAUUUGUGGUUUUAAACAGUUUUCACCAAGCGAUAGCGCACGAACACAAGGCUAACAAGAUCACGUAAUGUUGGAUUUGAGUUACCAAACGUGGCUAAUUGCAUGUAAACGAAGUGGUACCGUUCGUGUCAUUUUGUUGAUAAUCGGACGAAUCUGUUGCUCACAACAUUGAAAACUUGUGGGUGUCUCGAAAGAUUUUUACGUAAACUUCCCAUGGAUUUCGCCUUGUAGCGGAAUUUGUAGAACACAUCAAUUGUGGAUGAAACUAAGUUGAAAAUAUGUUUUGAUCAGAAAUAUUACAUCAGUUCAAAAUAGUAAUAAAGUGAUAAAAUCU